AUGUCGAGCUCUUCCUCUAAGAAAAGUGUUUUGUUUGUUUGUUUAGGAAAUAUCUGUCGAUCUCCGAUUGCUGAGGCUGUCUUCCUGAAUCUGAUCGAACAACAGAAUAAAUCUGAAGACUGGGAUGUCGACAGUGCUGCCAUCAUCGGCUAUCAUACGGGGAAGAAUCCGGAGAGAAGAGCCUUAGCUACUUUGAAGAAGUUUGGAGUUAAUAACUACGCUCACAAAGCUCGUGUGGUGAGAAAGGAAGACUUUAUCAACUUUGAUUACAUAUUUGGCAUGGAUGAUAACAACAUACGGGAUUUGGAAGAAGUUCAAGAGGCCGCUGGUGCUAAAGCUAAAGCAAAGCUUGCUCUUUUAGGAGAGUACGACCCUCAGAAUGUGAAGAUUGUGCCUGAUCCUUAUUACGAAGAUGGAUCAGCCAUGUUUGAACAGGUUUACCACCAAUGCUUACGCUGUUGCGAGACUUUUUUGAAGCAAUUUUAA